CUUUCACCGCCAUGACUGAUAACUGCCCUCGCCCUCGCGCGACUUUGUUUUUGUGACAGACCAGCAGACGACUGUAGCAGGCAUUUGUUUCUAGUUUCAAGUGAGUGGGAAGACACAAGGUUCUUCGGGAAAAAUGAAUGGAAACAUAGGACGUUUAAUUUGUUGGCUACCUGGUGCACUGAGCAUUACUUCCCGUUCAGUACAAAAAUUACCCCUUCAUUUUUGGGGUCCUAGUCCUGCUUUAACUGUGGUAGCUGUAAGGAACUAUGCAGCUCGUAAAGGAACACGAGAAAGAAAGAGAAAGGUGGCACUGGCCAACAAGGCAGCAAAGAAGAAUAAGGAACCAGUGGUUCCUCCUCAUGUUAAGAAAUUGAUGCUGGCAAAGAUGAAAAACCUACAGAACACUUCAUUGUUUCCUGACGAUUCUGCGUUUGGUGAAAGUCCUGACAAUGUAUAUUUGCGUAAUACUCAUAAACACAAAAUCUAUGAUCUAAAAUCAGCUAUAGUUAAUUUUCAAGAGGUCCAUCAUCCAACAAUGUUUAAUAACCCAACAGCAUUGAUUAAUGCUUAUCUUGAACUUGACUUAUCCACAAAGAAGAAGACACAGUUUUUGGAAGACGUUAGUGGAGUUGUUGAAUUGCCACACUUCUUUGAAGCUGGCAAACCAAUUAAGACUGUGUGUGUGUUUUGUAAAGAAAAAAAUUUAUGUGAGGAAGCAAUUGCAGCUGGAGCUAAUGCUGCUGUUGGAUUAGAAGGAAUUAAAAUGUUUCAGGAUGGUGCUCUUGAUGCUGAGGAUUAUGACGUCGUUGUGGCACACCCGGAUAUUUUACCUGAGCUGGCACCUAUUCGAGGACUUAUAUCAAAAAAAUUCCCGAACAUAAAGAAAGGUACUGUGGCAUUUGACGUAGCAAUGCUGGUUAGAAAGUUCAAGUCUGGUGUGGAUUACGUAAUGAGCGCAAAUGCUGCUAAUCCAAAGCUUGGAAUAAUGCAGGUUCCUAUUGGGCUAGUUAAUAUGUCAGCUGAUCACAUGGUAAAAAAUUACCAGCAAGUAGUAGAGGCAGUUUUAACACAUAAACCACCAAAUGUAUCCAAUGAAUUCAUCACAUUGGCUGGUGUUUCAAGUCAAUACUCCACUGAGAGGUUUAAAGUAGAUAUUUCACACCUUUUGGAAGCAAAGGAAGACUUGGAAGAGGAAGUCAAAAUUAAAAAAGAGAAGGUUGCCUCAGCCUAAAUUCAUUUGACAUGGAUUGUUUUUGUUACAGCUCAUAAUAAGAAAUAAAAUAGUCUUGUUCUCACUA